CUUCUGCUCUUUCCUCUAGGGAGUUUGCUUCUUUCUCCUAACAAGUGGGUGGGGUGCAGAGGUGAACCCUUCUUGGAAUUUUGCCAUAACCAUCCCUUGUGAGCAGGAAGGGAAUGAGGAGUUGGCUUCUGAAUGUCCGAAAAGUCUUUAGUUUUCUCGACUCCUGCAGUUGCUUUAAACCUUGUGCAGAGCAGUCAUAAUUAUACAGAAACAGAGCACAGGAUAUUUCUCUCUGGGAUCUCUGAUGCCAUUAAGGAUUAUGCUCAUCUACACCACUGGACCCUGUCAGGAACAUUUAGGAUUAUUUUAAGGGAAUUAUUCUUCCAUUUCAUGACCCCUCGGUUAUUUAGAAAUACACAAAUCGUUUCAAUCUGAUAAUCCUCCACUCCCCCCCUAGCUUUGCCUGUCGCACAAUCUGUCAGAGCCCUAACGUUUCCUCUCCCUUCUCUGUGCUGGUGAAGGGGCUUUUCCUUUCUGCCUGAAGAACAGAUCAGAGGGCUCCGGGACUCGCAGUAAGGAAAAUCUGUGGGAAGAGGAAAGAGCAGCUUCUCCUUUCAACAUUCAAGAGAAUCUUUCCUGUUCCUGUGCCGGACCCUGCAGGCUAAGACCAUGAUCUUAGGGAGCAUUAAUCGAGGUGGGGGGAUGCAUGCAUUGCUUCGCCCACCUGCCGCCAUGGUGCAGCGCCAUCUGGAUAUCAAGCCCUUCCUCUCAUUUCCUUUGGAGCCACAGCCUGCUUUGGGACUUUUCCCUGGCUUCAGCACGAUGGAUCCAGUGCAGAAGGCCAUUAUAAGCCAGAGUUUUGGGGUACCGAUUAUCAAGACAAGGAGACCAGUGAUUUCCUGCAAUGUGUGCCAGAUCCGCUUUAAUUCUGAGAGCCAAGCAGAGGCACAUUACAAGGGGAAUCGACAUGCUCGCAGGGUGAAAGGGAUCGAGAAUGCAAAGACCAGGCAGAAAGAAGGUGGCCAAGAUAGUGACAGAACAACCCCUAUGAUCAGUCCUACCCCCAGCAUCAGUGAGAGCGACUCUGAUAGCAAAGACCAACAGGUUGCAGAUGGAGCGGAUUUGCCAACUGCUGACAGCCCUGAAGCCAUGGCAACAAUGCUCAUCCAUGAGAAUAUCACCACAGCAGCACCUGCCUUUUCAUCAUCUGAAGCCAACAGAAGCGAUAUAAAGUCCCUUUCAUUAUCAGGUCCUGCUAGCAAUGAAACAAGCUCGUCUACAUCUGAAAUCGAUGACGACAGAGCCAAAAAGCUUCUGUACUGUGCCCUCUGCAAGUUGUCUGUAAACUCCCUUUCACAACUGGAAGCCCAUAACAAAGGUACAAAGCACAAGACUAUUUUAGAGGCUCAAAGUGGCCUGGGUCCAAUCAAAGCAUACCCACGGCUGGGUGGCUUGAACACUUCAUCCACUGGCCCAUCCGAUUCUUCCAACCAAGAAAGAACAUUUCACUGUGAGAUCUGUAAUGUACGGGUCACUUCUGAAGCCCAGCUCAAGCAGCACAUCUCAAGUCGCAGACAUCGUGAUGGUGUGUCCGGCAAACCCAACCCAUUGCUGAGCCGACAUAAGAAACAACAAAGUCUGCAAGAGCUCACAGCCAGUUUGAUGUUUCCCAAGGACUUUCCUAAAUCCAUAUCUGCAGGGCUUCUACCCAAUCCUUUGGCAGUUGCAAUGGCAGCAGCUGCUGUUUCCUCUCCACUAAGUUUACGGCCGGCUCCAACUCCUCCUCUAUUUCAGGCUCCACCUCUUACUCACCAUCUACUCCGACCAGCCCCUGGGCCCAUCAGAACUGCACAUGGAACUAUCCUCUUCUCCCCUUAUUAGGGAGACACCUAUACCCUCAAACCACCUAUCCACUGGAACCCAAACCUGCACACUGAACUAGAGCAGGACUUGGUUAGUGGCCCCAAGCUUAGCCUCAACCUUUCCCUAGAGUUAUAUAGUAACUGGAACACCUUUCCAAAGCAUGGAUACUGCUCUUCCCAGGACACAUGCAACACUGCGGCAGGAAUGGGACUGGGCAUAUCAAUGUGAGAUUCAUUGCUGUUUGGAUGGAUCUGGCAAUAGAUUAAUAAUAAUAUACAGAUACUAUUAGAUUCUAAUAAAUGGCUCAGGGUAUGGGUAUACAGUAUGUACUGUACAUAAGCCUUAUACUGCAGAGGUGACUGUGCUUGCCACCAACAUAUGGAGAGUGCCAGAAGUAUGUAUAAGAAAUUAGACGUCAGGGGGGGAAUUUCAGUGCCCUGUUUUUGUGCCCUUAUAUUCAGUGGGAUUGACUGAGAGGAAAGGUCAGAAUCUUUGGCAAAGAAAGCUCAGAGAAGCCAAAAAUAUAGCAGUAAUGCUGAUUUGGCAUUCCCUCCUUUGUUACUGAAGAGAUAAAUUAACUUCAGCCCUUAGCUGAAAUCUCGUAUUGAUUCAGGCAUGCCACAUAUUCAACUAAACUUCAAAGAUGGUGAAGUCCCGCCAUUAAAUAUAACAUUUUAGCUGCCCUGCACAGGUAAAAUUAGUACUGUGGCUUAUCAAUGGCAAGGAGAAGAAUCGCCCUAGAUCCUUCAUUAUAUUAAAUGAAUACAGGUAUCCUGCGCUACAAGCAAUAAGAAAACUUUAGAGUGUUACAUUUUAGAUGGCAAUAUGGCCUAUUGUGGCCUUCCAUCCUUAAGAACAGAAUUGCUAGAGAUGUGUUGUUUCUUUAGGACAUUAUAAACGAUUCAAGUAAGACACAGGCUGUUUCAAGGAGAAAUCUAAUCAGGUCCAUUUAUUCAGUGAAAAAGACAAAGAAAGCUUGUGAUCCCGCUAUAAAAAAAGUAUUUCUUGUUGGUUUGCAUCUAAUUGGAGAUAAGCUUGUUUGGACCAAAAGAGUAACAUCCAAGAAACCUUGCACCUCUUCUUCCUAAGUUAUAACAUCACAAAAACUGGCAUUCUGUGCUACCCACACUUGUUUGCUUGCCCUUCCAGCAGGACUUAUACUGCUUAAUGUGUGUCAGACAUCACUGGCAACUGAGCUCACACUUAGCAUUACAAGGGUCCGCUGAGCAUAUUGUAACCCUGCAUGUUUGUACAGUGCAGCACAUGAACCAUGUUGGAAGCUCCUCACUUGCAGAUGACUAUGGGAAAAUAAGGCCUGUGUACUCUGACAAUCGGUUUAUUUAUUUGUAAAGACUCUAUGCAAGCGUUACUGUGAUGCAUAUACAUGUGUUUGUUUCCAAUUACAAAUAGGCUUCCAUUAGGUGUAUGGUAAUUUUUGUUUAUGACAGGGAGAGGCAAUCUCUGGCUCUCCAACUAUUGGAAGGGAGAUGCUGGAGACAGUCACUCCAAAAACAGUUAGAUGCUCCCUGAUUUAUGCAAUAAGGGUGCUUGCACUCUGAAUUUAACAUAAAUGACAAAAAGGUCAAGUUUUACAUAUUCUGGCUGCUCUAUUUAACUUUUGAAUUAAAACCUUAAAAAAUAUAGUAGAGCACCAUGGAACUUAGGGUUCUGAUCUUCUAGAAGAAAACAGGUCACCCUAUUAGCACAUCAAGGAAGCAGAGUAUUGGGCAGUUAUAUUGCAGGUGCAAUCUUAUUAAUGUUUGGAAAGCAAUAUAACACAAUAAUAUUCUAUUGCCUCCACUGAAAUUGGGGGGUGACAAUAAUGUGGAUGCUGGAUCGAAGGAAGCCCCAAAAACAUCCAACAAGCUAUUAUCUUUACUUGCUAGACUAUGGGAAGCUAAGCAUCUGAUUCCUGUGAUUUAUAUCUUCUCAUUUGAACCUCAGAGGGAGCACAAUUUAUUUAUACGUCUAGUGCUUUAUAGAAUCUGGCAAGGAAUAUGUGGCCUAUGGGCCUAUAGAUGUUGUUCAACUACAGCUCCUGAUGGUCUUUAGCUUUCAGUAGAAUGCUGGAAGUUGUAGUGCAAACCACAUCUGGAAAGGGCAUAGGUUGCCUAUUCUGAAAAAAAACAAGAAACAUGGUACAUAUGGCUUAUUCAUACACAUUACUCAUGUGUUUUUUAGUAUUAUUAUUUUAUACUUUUGCCAGUAUGUGGCUGGUAAAGCCAAUAAGAUCUGGCCAUGUGUCUGUUUUUUUCCACCUUACUGUACACUGUUUGUAUUAAGGAGGCUGCUGUGUGGGGCAAAAAGCAAAUGCUACUGCUGGUUUAAAGAAAAUAGUCUUAAUGUUGAGGACCAAUUUGAGAAUCUUGAACCUGCUCUUCCCAUCUAGGGUUGAACUAGACCUUCUAAUAUGGGCCUUGCAACUUAUGGGGGCCUUAGGUGUUCAGGGUCCUGGGCAAAUGCUCCUUCAGCCCUCGCUGGGAGCUGUAUGUGGAGAUGAACUACUCAGUCAGAGAUCACAUGUCAGUCCAUCCUUGCAACUUGCAAGCCCGGGGCUCUGCUCACAACAGAACUUUUCCCUCAGCCACGGUGAUGGAAAAACUUUGUCUUACUCAGAGACACAAAAACUUUCAUAAGCUAAAACUGCAAUAAGCUUUAAGUGCCAGUGCUGGCACAAUAAAGGCACUCAGGAGCUGACCUUCUUCAGGUAAUAAGUAAUGUUUUAAGCAAAAGAAUCUGUAAGGAAGAUGAAUGGAACAACCAAGAUGGGGUUAGAUUUCUAAGGGCAACAUGGCAUGAGAGAGGAAAGCAAUGUGCUACUUGCCUGAUACAUGAUACAAUUCGUUGGGCUUACAUGUUACUCAGUAUUCACCUGCUACAAGUGAACAAAUCAAUAGACGUCACACUGUCUGCUGUAACAUCCGACUACAACUGAGAGAUGUAUAACGGGACCACAGGAUGAGAUACUCUAUGCAGUUUUCUACAAUCCCCUCUUCGGUCUGCACCAAGGACACAUGGAAACAGCUGGAACCACACACAUAUAUAUAUAUAUAUAAACAGUCCAGAAUAAAUAUUGUGACAACUUCUGACACUUAGUAGAGCUUGUGAUUUCAGGGUAUACUCCCAAUCUAACUGUCCCAUGCCAGUUUGGCCCUAAGUACUUGCCUUACUAAUAAUAAAGAACUUACACCAAUUUUGUUCCAUCCGCACCCAUUCUCCAUGGCUACUGUUUCGUACCACACUGCAGACUCCUGGAGUCAAACCUAAAUAAAACAUGUCUUCCUUUU